AUGUCGAACACACCCCCGGAGUCGUCGACGGGGUUGGAGUCGUCGGAUCUCCACGAAAUCAGGCAUAAUCACCUGGCAACCCGAUUGGAGUCCGGAGACUCGGUGAAACGGGAGCAGAUACGGGGAAGUGACGGCAACAACCCUGACAGCGAUUGCGAAAGCGAUACCAGCGAGGUGUUGAGCGUCGGUAGCGAGCCGACGCCCACGAGCGUCGUUGGAAUCCGUGGCUGCGGUUCAGUCAGGUAUGACCAGGAAUCGGCGAGCAGCCGGGGCGGCGACUUUCGCGACGAGGAGAACACGAGGACAUCGGCAACACCAUCGCCUUCCAGCUCAGCGAGCUGCAACGACGCGUUUUAUCAGCGCACCACUAAUCACAUACCAGCUCCGAGUCCACCGGGUUACAGUCAGCCGCCCUCGUCCCCCACGGCCUCCUCGGUGAGGUCACCGGCGUCUUCCUCCGCCACGGCCUCUUCGCCCGGUCGUCCGGAAGCUAUCCAGGACGUGAUAGUACCCAGGUAUCAAUCCAGUCAUCCGCAACACUUGCUGCCCCGAUACUCGUCAAGGGAAUCCGAGAUCUCCGACUAUCCGACGCGGGUGCAGCACAGCCUCGGCCACGAGAUUAUCUAUCCGACCGUUGAGAGACUGCACAGGACGCCGAUCAGCGUGCCUCUGGUGACCAGACUCUCCUUGUCACCACCGUCGGCCAUGACGGUCGCCGGUCUUCAAGCUACAACCCCUGUCCUCCAUCCAACCGCUUGCAGAGACCCCAGAGAGACCGCCUCUCUGAUGCCUCAUCCAGGGCAACACUUGCACCACGCGAAUAGCCACGUUCAUCUUCACCAGACCUCCCAGGUGCAGCACAUCCCGGCGAACUCGGUGCACCAGCAUCGACUCUCGGUCAACAAGAUUCUUCAAAGAGAUCCCGGCAGUCCCGUCUCGCCAGGUAUCAGAGACGAGAACGGUAGAACGAUGCCGGGCAGCAAUGGUGUGCAGAACAACGGCAUCAACAACACGAAUCACCACAACAAUCACAACAAUAACAACAACCUGCAGCAUCAAGCCGGCUUGAAGUUCAGUAUAGACAAUAUCCUGAAGGCGGACUUCGGUAGGCGGAUCACCGAUCCGAUAUCGCUGAAGAAAUCACGGCCGAAGAAGGUCUCGUCGAGACCCAUCGACCUUACCAAGGACUUCCUCGAGUCGUCGUCCGAGACCUCGGAGAAGAGCAACUCGGAGACCAGCUCGACGACGAACACCUCGCCGGGCAGUGUGACCACGAAUCCUGCUUCGAACACGCCCGCACCACCUGCGACCGAGCCUGGGAAGCAGCUGCCCUGGCCGGCAUGGGUCUACUGCACCAGAUACUCGGAUCGACCAUCUUCCGGUCGCGGUCCACGGACGAGACGGGUGAAGAGGUCCGACAGCCGCGGAAACAGUGGCACCCCCGAGGAGAAGCGGCCCAGGACAGCGUUCAGCGGGGAGCAGCUGGCGAGGCUGAAGAGGGAGUUCGCGGAGAACCGAUACCUCACGGAGAGACGGAGGCAGCAGCUCUCUAGGGACCUGGGCCUGAACGAGGCGCAGAUCAAGAUCUGGUUUCAGAACAAGAGGGCGAAAAUCAAGAAAGCCAGCGGCCAGAAGAACCCGCUCGCCCUUCAGCUAAUGGCGCAGGGCCUGUACAACCAUUCUACGGUGCCCCUGACCAAGGAGGAAGAAGAACAGGCCGCGGAACUCCAAGCGAAAUGA